AUGUUAGAAGGAACGCGCCGGUGGUUCAGGCGCAAUCGCACCAGGUUCGCCAUUGGAGCAGGCACGCUAGGUCUGGUCUACCUGGCCGGCCAAUAUGCCUGGAGCAAAUGGCUCGAGGCACGCCAGCGCAUGGCCGAUGAGAUCAUGUCCAAAGAGAACCUUCGCCGCCGCUUCGAACAGAACCAGGAAGACUGCACCUACACGGUACUCGCCUUGCUCCCUACCAUCCGAGAAGAGAUCAUCAGUGCCCUCCCCGUCGAAGAUAUGACCAAUGAGUUGCAACGACAGCGGGCAGAAAAGCUGGCAAAGAGUGCUGGUCCCUCAGAAGCUGCCAGCUCCGAAUACCCCUCGGCACCCGCCAGUACCAUCGACGACUCUGCGAGCAUGUCCAGCUUCCAGACUGGCAGCUAUAUCCACGCUAGUCAGAUGGGCGACAGUCAGGAUGCCAGAUCGCUUUUGAAGAAAAAGUCCAAGGCACAACUCUGGAACGACAUGAAGAUCAGCUCUAUCACAAGAGCCCUGACUCUCCUAUAUACCCUCUCGCUUCUGACUCUCCUCACCCGUAUCCAGCUCAACCUGCUCGGUCGUCGCACAUACCUCUCUUCGGUGGUCUCGCUCGCGAGCCCUCCAAACCCCUCGCAAUCUACCCACAUUUCCCUCGAGAACAACGAUGACGACAACUACGACAGUGUCUACGGCAACGACUUCGAGACGAACCGCAAAUACUUGACUUUCAGCUGGUGGCUGUUGCACAAGGGUAGCAAAGAGAUUGUCGACAAGGUCAGCGCCGCUGUCAAGGAGGUAUUUGGCCCUGUCAGCCCGCGCGAGGAUAUCACACUCGAACGCUUGAGCGAGCUCAUCCUCGAGGUACGCAAGAAGGUCGAGGGUGCCACCGAGAGUGAGCGUCGUGAGCACAGGUGGUUGUCGUACAUGCUUCCUCCUCGCGACCAGGAGGACUUUGUCCUGUCCGAGUCUGGUAUUGAUGCCAUGUCCGCAUCGCCCGCACCACAAGAGACGUCGCAAGAUCCCAUGUACGCAGCCAACUCCGCUGCUUCGAAUGCCUCCCUUCGCAGACUGCUCGAUGAGACGUCAGACCUCAUCGAUUCGCCAACCUUCACCCACGUCUUCACCCAAGUCCUUAACGCUACCUUCUCUCACCUUAUCGACUACCGCGUCGCAACAGAAGCCUUCAAAAUCAGCCCCCCAGCACCCGAUUCUUUGUCACGCAUCACCGAGAUCAGCGACAAGAAGUGCAAGUUCGCUCAGACUCUUGCUGUCUUCUGUCGUCAAGCCCAUAGCAUCGCUGCCGGCAGUAGCGAGCCCGAUGAUCUUGCAGUUGCCGAGUCUGUCGGCUCUCAAGUCAACGAAUACCUUGCGGCUAUCGAUCAGGUCAAGGACCUUGAGGCUUUCGCUGCUGUCAUCUAUUCGUCCAACUUCGAAUUCGAGGCAGCUGAAAGACAGCAAAACGAAGCCGACUACGCAACCGCCACCGGU